CCCCCCUCAUUAGCAACUCUGUUCCAGCACGCGCGCGUCUAACAACGGCCAUGGUAUUUCUGCGUUGUCCUGUCUGCCUCCGACUUGUGAGAACUUCCUCCUAUCAUAUCAGUACCCAACAUCUUAGCUCCUCCGGGUCCACGCUCCUCCACAAAUCGACAUGAGCUCAUCCUAUUCGGCACUUAAAAGAGCCGCCGAAGAUGCAGGCCUACCGCUGCGAUACCCCAAGCAGCAAAGGUUCGACCCCACCUCCCCGCUGUGCGAGGGCUGUCAACAGCUCGACCUCGACGCCGCCUUCGAGAACGCCCUGAGCAAGUUCAAAGCUGUGCGAGAGGGCAGGCUCAAACGCCCAGAGGAACUAGAACACAACGCUGGGGGUACCUAUUUCUACAUCGACGCGAUCUUCGCCCACGGCUUCGGAGACCGGCUGGCCCGAGACUCGACCUGCCCGUUAUGCACCUUCUUCCGGUCCAUGAGGAUCCAACCGGGGAGGCACGAACGGUACAAGCUUCUCGCAUUCCCCAGCAGCGAGAGCUGGCUGUGGCGAACCGAUGUCUUGCGGGAGAGCCCGGCCUGGGCGGAUCUGACCGAUACGGCGUUUAUGGCUGUUGUGCCCGACCUGGAGACGCUUCCGGUCGUCGCUCACGAGGAGCACUGGAUGGUGAAGGACAUUCCUCGGACGGGCGUGAUAUACCGACUGCGGGCGGAUGAGGACCGGAACGUGGAUGCCGACAUAUUAGUCCGGCCCAAGGAGUUGCAACCGGAGGCGAACCUGGCUCUCGCGAGGGACUGGCUUGCGCUAUGCCACAAGCACCAUAGCCGUGUUUGUGGGAAGCGAGGCCACCACCAGCCCGUCGAACGGGGCUUUCGGCUGAUUGACUGCCUGACGGACCCUCCCAGAGUUGAACCUCACCCCUGGGGCACCAGGUACGCUGCUCUGAGUUAUGUGUGGGGCAUCAGCGAUGCAGACAAGGCAGAUUGGCCGAAGACUGUCCUGGAUGCUGUCGCAGUGACCAAGGAGAUGGGACUGCGGUACAUCUGGGUCGACAGGCUCUGUAUCAACCAGUCCGAUGAGAACGAGAAGUUGUACUUGAUUUCGAAGAUGACGACCAUCUACGAAGAAGCAGAGCUCACCAUCGUAGCGGCUGCCGGCUCAGGGGCUGCACACGGACUGCCGGGCAUCCGUUCAACUCCUCGUACACAGCAACCCAGCUACACGUUGGACAGUGGGAGCGUUCUCCUCUCCUCUCUCCGUGACGCCCGCUACGACAUUUAUGAAUCAGACUACUGGACCCGCGGAUGGACCUACCAGGAAGGCGUCCUCUCCAAUCGCCGGCUGGUCUUCACUCCGAAUCAGAUCUACUGGGAGUGUCGGAACAUGGCAGCCCAAGAGAGCAUGGCCAUUCCCCUCCUCCAUCAACCAUCGUCCGAGGAGGAGGAGGACGAGGAGGAGGCAGACGACAAUCUAGUCAUGGCAGACUUCAUGAUCACGGGAAUAUUCAAGGGCGACGCCUACACCGGCGGCUUCCUGAGCGAGAGCAAAGGCGUUUCCAUCCCGCUCGACGAAGACGACUACCGCAUCGACUACGGAUUCCCGUUGUACCUCGAAGCAAGCACCCGGGCACAACUGCGUGGCCUCAACGAGCACAUCCGCGCCUAUUCCAAGCGCAGACUAACCUACGACUCGGACGCCCUCCCGGCGUUUAUGGGCAUCACAGGGAUGUACAAGCGCACGGCGGACCUGCACCUCCUGUACGGCCUCCCACUCUGGCUCGGGACCAUCGCCGGCGUGCACUCCGGCCCUCAGAUUACCUUCGCCCUGACAGUCAGCGCAUGGUACCACCGCAGUGGCCAGCACAGCACGUUCGUCUCGGAGUCGUCCUGCCGCCGCAGAACGCACCUCCUCCCAUCGUGGUCCUGGGCUGGCUGGACGGGUGCACCCGUGACCUGGCGCGCGCUGCCCAACAACGAGCACUGCGCGCAGAUGGCGGACUUGAUCGAUCUUCCCGAUCAGCCGUACGACAGGGAGCGCAACCGGCUGCUCUGGGCUGCAGACACGUACCUGUACCACCAGGGCGAGCGUGGAGAGGCCAUCAGGCUGCGAGAUCCCUCCUCCGCCGAUCGUCUACGCUGUCUGGAUCAAGAGAAGAAGAAGACUCUAAUUGGACUCCAUAACCACUUCGUUCUCAAGUACUUCAUCCGCCACGAGCAGACGCAACAAAGAAAGUGGACGUGGGUCCGUAUGGCGGGCAGAGUCGGGCGACAUCAGCGGUACGGAGAGAGCUGCGACUGGGUCGAGAGGUGCUACCGGAUCGCCGGACGGCUGUGCUACGUCUAUGUGAGUGACGCGAUGAGCGAGCAGGAGUGGACGGCGAAGCAUGCAAGCGGCGAGAUCAUCAGCGUCCUGAUGUUUGCUGGUCGAUACCUGGCCGAGGAGAACACGGGACAUGGAGGAGCCAGGUUCCUCACGUUGCGCAGAGUGGAAGGGGCGGAAGAGGAGACGUGGGAAAGAGUUGGGACGCUGUUCCUCACUAUUCCCAAGGUUUCGUUGGAUAAGUGCGCGGACAAUGAGGGACUUCUGAAAGAGAUUCCCGUGCGGAAACGGCAGGGUAUCGUUGUGAUUCAGUGACAGGACAGCGAGGGUUGAGGGACAGGAUGGUCGGACUUCUUUGCACUUACAUGCAAUUGCUACUAUGAGUGCACAUUCGAUUGAAUGCUUUGGAAAGCAAGUAGGCGCAAUGGUAGAUGUAUUAUACAUUGGUAUGUUCCACGCUCCCUGUGCUUGAUAACGAAUAAUAUAUUAAUAUGACAAUUGAAGUCUGAUGAUGAUAAUACCAUUGGACAGAGACUGUCAAGAACCACACAUGCCCGAGAGCCCGAGACCACCAUGGCAGAAUCAGCCGUGAUUUGGCUUAACCUACGGACUGUGUCUCUCCAUAACCAACGCCAAGGAGCUUUAUAGUUACUUCCGUUUGCAGUACUCGGCCACUUUCCAUCCCAAUUUCUUUAUCAUCCGAACUGUUGCGUGGAACAGUGCGGGGUGGCGUCCGGUUCAGGUGUACAUACAGUAGGAGUCCUACUGUGAU